ACCGCUAAGUCUGGCCAACCAAAGGAACGCAGGCGAGCAAGUUUUGGGGGAUUCCUAUGCUUUGUCACAACUGGACACAGAGACGUAUCUUUCCCCAAACCAUCAAGAUGCCAGGCAAGAGAUGAAAAUGGCAUCUCCAUGCUAAAACACAGAAGUCCAGGGAUGGAUACAAAGUGUUGGGGGACACGUCACCCCCAAACUGGAAUUACUUCCCUGUGGUAAGAGGAGGCGCUGUCAGUUGUAAGUGAGGAUCAGUCCAUCUUUGACCCAGCCUUUGCCUCUUCGCACCUCUUGAAGACAGAGGUGUCUCCAGUGAAUGAUUAUGGGAGCAAGGAAGACCCAGGGUUGGAAGACGCCUCAUGGUCCACCCAGGUCAAUAACCGAGGCCAUAUGGUGAAACAGGAGAACGAGCAAGUCAAUUGCUCCAGCAGCAGACAAUCACCGGUGGAGUGCAGUGCCACCCGCAGGAACAAAGUGGAAGCUGCAGUCGACACAUCCCAAGUGCCCUACCCAGCUGGAUACCCCAACCAACGUAGUAGUCCCCCCGUUUCUUCAUCCAGAGAGGAGAAGGUCAUCGUUCCAGCAGAUCCAGGUGUUUGGAGUUGCGAUCAUGUCCGUCAGUGGCUGGACUGGGCGGUGAAGGAGUAUGGCCUUCCUGACAUCGAAACCAGCCUCUUUCAGCACAUAGAUGGAAAGGAGCUCUGCAAACUUGGGAAGGAAGGGUUCCUACGCCUCACAUCGCCUUACAACACCGAAAUCUUGCUGUCUCACCUCACCUACCUGCGCCAGAGCAGUCCCACUUUCACUUAUCCAUCUGCACCAGUUAUUACCCAGCAGCCCCCUCCGCCUCCACCAAGGGCCCAAGUCAAAACUGAGUCUGCAUAUGAUGAAAUCCGACGAAGUAGCUGGGGCAGUAGUGCGGUAAACACCACUCCCAAAGGUUCCCCACCGCAGAUCCAGACGGUGAGCCGGAUCCCCGAUUCUACACGCAUUGCACCUGUAGAUCCAUACCAAGUCCUUGGGCCCACUAGCAGUCGCUUGGCAAACCCAGGGAGCGGUCAGAUCCAGCUGUGGCAAUUUCUCCUGGAGUUGCUCUCGGACAGCAACAAUGCCAGCUGCAUCACCUGGGAGGGGACCAACGGUGAGUUCAAGAUGACAGAUCCCGAUGAAGUGGCGCGGCGAUGGGGCGAGCGCAAGAGUAAGCCCAACAUGAACUAUGAUAAGCUGAGCCGGGCGUUGCGCUACUACUAUGACAAGAACAUCAUGACCAAAGUGCAUGGCAAGCGCUACGCCUACAAGUUCGACUUCCAGGGCAUCAACCAAGCCCAGCAGGGGCAGCCGGGCGAGCCAGCCCUUUACAAAUACCAUCACACGGAACUGCCUUACCUGCCCCCCUACCACCAGCAGAAGGUGGGCUUCGGCCUGGGCCAUAGCACGCAGAUGCCCGCCUCAUCCUCAGGUUUUUUCGGCCCACCUGCCCCGUAUUGGAAUUCCACAGGGGGGAACCUCUAUCAGAACCCCCCUGUGUCCAGGCAGGCUACCAACCAUUUGGGCUCUUUCUUCUAACCUCCAGAAGGUCCUGGAGCUACCUGAACUUCUAUCAGAAGGGUCCAUUAGACAAACAUCUACCACACCCAGAAGCUGGGAUACAGGGAGGAUCAUCUUGAACGUAUUUGUGGCCGUCAUGAAUAAAGAGGGCAGGGUGGGGGAGCAGGACCACUCGCCACCAACAGCAGGCGCUCUUUUGCUGCUUGACCAAAACAGUUGCGUGAUCAUCUAAUUCUAUUCUACCCCUGGACUUAAACUGAGCUAGAUGUUGUGCUAUCCUCGCCUGAAUUUUGCAGAGAUAGCCGGGGUCUCAGAAUUAUAGGAGACGUAGAUGAAUUGCCUCAGCUUGCUUAAUUUCCUCUCCCCCACCCCAUCUAAUAUGAUGGAAGCAGGAGUGGCAUGUUUCUUUGUAUAUGAUGUAGCUGCAAGGAUGUGGACUUCAAGUCCCAAAAUCCCCACACCACCAUGCAAGGUUGACGUCAUGUACGCUGGCUGGGGAAUUCUGGGAGUUGAAGUCCACUCAUCUUCAAGUUGCCAAGGUUGAGAAACACAACUUUAGCCAUUGCUUUACAAUCAUUUCUAAUCUUUUCAGAAGCAGAAGUACUGCCAUUUUUUCUCUGGUGCUGCUGUGAGCCAUUAAAAUACUUAAGUUGCAGUACUAGAAGGCUUUUGGGAGCUGCCAAAACCUGAAAAAUAAUUCUUCUGAAUAUAGUUUUGAGUUUUCUUUAGCCAGAUUUAUUGAAAGUUCUUGAGAUCGUAAGAAUUCCAGGAACUUUUCCCAAUUUGAAACCAAUAUAUCCCUGAUAUUUUUUUUAACCAUCUAUACCAGGGGUGUCAAACUCACAACAUCACAUGAUGUGACGUGACUUUUUUUCCAUUGCCGGCAAUGGGCUGGGCACGGUUUUGGCAUGAUGCGUCCGGUCCACGGUGGGUCUUUUAGUAAUAAUGCAGAAACUUGCAGAGGUUUGCAUGAGGUCUUCUGAAACUUUUUCAGUUUGGAAAGCAACCCCUACAAAUUCAAUUUCAAACAAGGACCAAAUUCAGCAGACUGGGUUUCUCAAAUGAGAGCCUUUCAGGUGUGUGAAUUUUAAGAGGCCCACAAUUCCCAGUUAAAAGGUUUAUUCUCUUGGAAUUAUGAGAAUUGUUGGCUCAGACUGGCAAAGAUUGAAGUUCUUGGGGAAAGAAAGAGGCAAAAAGUAACUCUAUUUCUGUUUGCUCUUAUAACUUGGAAUUUCAGAACUUUUCACGUGAUUCUGAACUCUUUUCCCUCAUAAUAUAGAUGGCUUAUUAAUGGAAGCACAAUAAGAUGGUAAACUAUUGAAGCUGUAGAGUGGACCGAACAGAAAAAAACAUUGUUUUAGAUGUUCCUCCCUAGAAAGAACAAACAUUGUUUUAGAUGUUCCUCCCUAGAAAGAACUAUCUGCAAAUUCAAAACUAACAGUACUGUUACUGUACUAGCUUUCCAUUUGUAGGAAUGCCUCAUCCUUAUUAUUACACACAAUGGAAUCCACCACCUCCAGGCUGGAGUAGCAUAGUACUCUGUAAUCCUAUAGGUAUCAAUUCAAAUGGUCAGGAGCGAUGGUAUUACAAGCUGUUUGUGUGUAUAUAGACCACAGGUCGGCAACCUGCGGCUCUGGAGCCGCAUGCGGCUCUUUGAGCCUUCCCCUGCGGCUCCCAGCCUCCUCUGCCUUUGCAGAGAGAGACAGAGACAGAGAGAGGAAUUGCGCUUC